UCGAGCGCAGCGACACGUCUAUCCUCUUUCUCUUCCUAUGUCUUUUUUGUGAAUUUAUAUAUGUCGUACCAUCGUGUCCUUGCUCUACGGCCCCUCCUUUACCCCCACGCCCACGCCAUUUUUUUUUUCCAAAGAACCCAUUUUUCCCAAAUCAAGCUUUUUAACUACCCAAAACCCCUAGAAAUUUAUUGGCUUAAUAGCCAUUGAUUUUGUGUAAAUUUUUAAUCUUGUACAUUUUACAUGAAAUUGGCUUUGUGGGUGUGUGUGUAAAACAUAUGGGGAAGAGAAAGAGAAGAGGUGAUCUCAAUAAGACUCAUUCUCCUACUGACCAGCUGCCUUCACCUGGGAUGGAUGCAUUGUCGAGACAGACCUCUCAUCAAGUUGAUUUCUGUGCAACAAAGUCUUUCUCAUCGAUUAUGGAUAUCAUAGAUGAUUCUUCAAAGGUAACACAAUGCCAACAAUCAUCUAUUGUUCACCGUCGAAAUAUUGACCCGGCAAUGUGUUCAAAGCAUCCUCAUCACUACUAUGGGCUCCAUUAUACUCGGCGGAGGUCUGCUAAUGCUGAGGCAUCAACUUCCCGUGGUGGGGCGACUCCUUUUUAUGAUGAGAAGAUGUCUGUAAAGCCAGCUAGUAAAUGCAACGCAGAUUCUGGACAUGACACAGAGAGUAAGCAGAGUGAACUUCACAAACCAGAAAGUGUUGGCACCGAACCCAGUUUACUGGCAACAAAUGCAACAUCUUCCAAUGUCACGAAGCUGUUUUGCGGAUUAUGUCAGAAGCCUUUGAGAAAGAAACGUUAUAUACUUGAUAGCAACAUAUCUUCCAGCGAGCCCUCUGUUGUGGCAGUUUUAGUUUGUGGUCAUCUUUACCAUGCUGAUUGUUUGGAGGAAAGAACACAUCAUGAAUAUGUAACUGAUCCACCCUGCCCGAUCUGUCGUGGCAUCAAUUGAGUAGGUUUGCUUUUGUACCUGAAUGUAGAUAAUCUCAGGUGCGGAUUCUGGAUUUGAAAAGCUCCGAGUUGUGUAGACAUGUAUACAUGUCUUAAAAUCUCGAUAUAAUGUAACUAUAUGUUAUGUUUAUAUAUAGUUCGAGUCAAAGGCAGUGGAUGCGCGUCUGCCGCGCGUUUAAUCGUUUGGAUACCAGAUGUAUUGAGAGGGAAAUGUAGCUUACAAGAGGCAUCAAGAAUCAGUUAGCUUUCUGUAUAAACUUUUCAGUGUUUUCUUUGUAAAGUAUUAUUCUAGCUCUAGUUCAGACUUUAAAUAAGACAUUAGUGUAUGACAAAUUGAUGGAUUAUACCA